AGGAAGAUUACAAGACACCCAGACAAAAAGACAGCUUCUGUCUGUUUGUGUCUGUGAGUAAAAAUGUCAAAAACCUCAGCUUGACUCUAGGUUGGCGUCCAGCUACGGAUAACUCAGACCUCUCUCUUGUUUUGACACACCCUGCCGAACAUGGACAUCAUCAACCUCAAAGAAUAUCUUCAAAAAUGCCAUGAUCUACAUGAAAAUCCUCCUGCAAAUGAUGAGCGUGUGGAUGUCCCGCAUUCUUCCCUACCCUCUGAUCUGAAGCACCAGAUUCUGAAGCAGAGAGUGAGAUGCUUGACUCUGGGUCAGACUCUUGGGAGACUCUCUCUUCAAACUUUUCUCAAUUUAAAGAAUGUAACGAUCCGUGAGUUGAAACUGGGGAUUGAGUGCUCAGCUCUCUCUUUUGAAAGAGCCAACAGUCGCAGGAUGGACUCCAUAAUUAGUUUUGGUCCAAAAGCAUCUGACUCAUAUGUCUCAAUUCGGCUGUCAGCCUCUUCAGACAUGACCACGUGUGACUUCACUGACUUCAUCCUGACAUUUGACGCAUAUGUGAUGGGACGUUCAGGGAUGAACCAUGCUGAUGGAGAUGUGGAGGCUCCACUCUCUUUCCUUUGCUCUGUGCCUGGUCUGAAGAGGGUGGAGGUGGAGGUGAACUCCAUGACUCUGAGCUUGGCUGCUAGGAGCCUCUGCCUCAUCCAAACCCAUCCUAGUGUUGAGGAAAUUAAAAUUGUUCGAUUUCUACCUUCCACUUCCACUAAAGAGAAAAGUUACCACUGCUCAUCUCUGUGUUUUACUAAGGAUUCCAGCACCCAGAGCCUGGGCAUUGGAAUUGCCACAGAAAAGCAUGAUGCCCCAGUCCAGCAUAUGUCACUCUUCUUGUCACGGUCCUCAGUGAAGAGCUUUGAUCUUAAGGACUUUCUCUUAAAAUUCCAUUCUUUGGAACAUUUGGAUGAACCAAGUCCACAGCUUGAUGGGCAUGAUGAUGCCCUGAUGUCCCUGCACUCUCUGCCUGGUCUGAGGGAGAUGAAGCUGCAGGUGGGCAGCCUGACUGUCCGCUGGGCAAAGAGAAUCCUCUCCCUCAUUCACUCCUGUACCACUCUUCAGAGACUACAUGUCUAUGCUACUGGUUUGCGGUGGACUCGCAGUGGGUUUAUCCCGGCAGGUAGCUUCUUGACAAAGGAAAGUAUCCGUCUACUUCAGAUGGCACCGAAGCGGCCAGACUGUACUCUGAUACUUCAUGGGACUUGGUGCCACAACGCCACCUGGCAGUGCAGAACAGCCAAGUACAGGCACCGGAAAUGCAACCAGAUGGUGGAGAUUUCAAUAAAAGAGAAUUCUUCCCGGAUGAAGACAUUUAAGAGGUCUUGGAAGGGGAUGACUAUGCAGAUAAACGUGAGGAGACGGAGAAAGAGAGCAGGGAGGCGUGAUGGACAGAGUGAAGAACACAACUGUUCAGAUGAAGAGGGUGAGGAGGACAAGUGAGUGAGACAGUUGCUGAUUAUGGAGGGCAGUGUGCAGGCUCGGACCGGUAAUCUGUACAACCGGGCAAAUGCCUGGUGGGCCGGUCCAUACUGUAUGUGGGCCGGUGACCUCCG